AUGAAUGUCCUUCCUUCAUGUUGUUAUCUGCAAAACUUACCAGAAGAACUCAUCGAGAAUAUCCUCUUUAGGGUUCCCAUCAAAUACCUUCUGCAACUCAAGCUUGUCUGCAAAUCAUUGAACUCCCUCAUCUCCCAUCCUAAAUUCGCCAAACACCACCUUCGUUCCUCAGCCACCCUUCGGUUGGUCUCUUCCGUACAUGGUCAAAACAAUCUUCAAAUAUUCUCCAUCAACUCCCUCUUCCAAAACCUAUCAGGCCCUUUAAGAUCUUGCACGAUCACUGGCCACAACCUCAUUCUAGGUUCCUGCAAUGGCAUACUGUGUCUCUGUGAUAUUGUCCAAUGCCAUAUCACCUUGUUCAACCCCUCCACUACACUAUCAUCCCCAGCAUUUCCAACAGAUUUAUCCCCUGGUGAGGUUUACCGUACUUUCCAUGGAUUUGGCUAUGAUCACGUGAAUGAAAAGUACAAGGUGCUAUUGGUUAGGAGAAUUUUGACUGAAACUGUGACCAAAGUUUAUACCUUUGGCGAAAAGCGUAGCAUUAGGGUUGUUGAGAAUAGCCAGUUAUAUCCUCUUCCAAGUGGGCGGCUAGGAAAAUGUGUGAGUGGCACUCUUAACUGGAUGACACCAAAGCUAGGUCCAAACGAUUCUGUUAAUGAAUGGGUGAUUCUUUCCUUCAAUUUGGUGACUGAGACAUUCGGUGAAAUGAUGCUGCCUGAUGGAAACAGUAACAACAUUUGCAAGCCUAUGAUAAAUUUGGUGCAUAACUGUCUUUGUGUUUGUUUCUUUGACCGCAAGAAAGCUUGUUGGUGUGUUUGGGUGAUGAAAGAGUACGGUGUUGAAGAUUCUUGGACCAACUUGAUGAUGAUUUCUGGCUUCGUUAUAGAUGGUUUGCCCUGCAUUCGCAAUGAGCUUUGUUCUUGUAUAGGGUGUCCAGCACUUGAUCCCUUGUAUGUUUCAGAAGAUGGCAUGGCUUUGUUCAAAACUACAUCGUGUAGGCUGCUUCUGUAUAACCCCAACGAUGGUACCUUGAAUUGUGUAAGGGUUAGGGGUGACAUUUGGAGUUACCAUGAAAGUUUGGUUUCACCAUCUUCAUAA